GAAAGGCCCGUGAAAAUACUAAACUGUUCACAGUCAACAGUCAGUCCCUGGUGCUGAACAACAGAAGGAAGAGCAACUACUGUAAAGUGUCUGAUAAAGAGAAGAAUAUUUGUUUGAUUAUAAGGUUUUGUCUGAUAAAGUGACAAAUACUGUAAGAAAAUCAUGGGUAAGAAGAAAGAUAAAGAAUGCACUCAUGGCAGUGACCACCAAACUCGGUCUGCGUCAGUAGAAGCUCAGAGUCAGCCUCAGGACUCAGCGAUGAACACAGUCAAGAAACCCAAGAAGCAUAAACAUAAGAAAUCCUCCAAGAAGGAAGAGGUCGAGAGGAUCAUCAACGUAGAAGAUAUUGAAGAUGUGGACAUCUCUGUGGAUGAUAUUGAUGACUCGCCAACACAAGGCUUGAAACUGAAGAUUAAGCUGCCUGACUCUUCACCAGAAAAACCAACCACGCCAAAAUCUGUCAAGGUAAAAUCAGAGAAGACGAAGACAUCAGGAUCCAAGAAGAGUGGUAAGAAGAAGGAUGGUAAGGGGGAAGACGACACAGAUAGUGAAGAAGAACGCUGGCUGGAUGCUAUUGAGUCUGGCAAGUUAGAAGAGGUUGAUGAUGAACUAAAGAGGAUGAAGAACCCUAGACUGAUGACUGCUCGACAGCGGGCGAUGUUAGAAAAGGAAAAGAAGAGUGAUGGGACAGAUGACACAUUCCCAGUUAUACCAGCUGAGCCUCUUCUGUCACUUCCCUCAGGUUUUAAAGAGAAAGUUAUCACACAAGAAAUGCUGGCCAAAAAAGCCAUGAAAACACAAAAGAGAAGAGAACAGGCACAGGAAAAGAGGGAGGAAGAUAAGAAAAAAACAGUUGACCGACUACUGAAAAAGCAAGAUUCAAAAGUAGGCAAAAUUAGCAGACUUAAAUUCUCAAAAAAGGAAAUUCCCAUGUAUUCAUAUAUCAACAACAAAGAGAUGGCGACCCUGUCUGUUCCAGUUUCUUUUCCUUUUCCAAUGGAGCCCCAGUCUGAAAGGAAGAUACCAGUGGUUGUAUUAUGUGGUGCUCCUGGAUGUUCCAACCCAAAGAAAUACUCUUGCUCCAGGACAGGCAUUCCACUGUGCAGCCUCCAAUGUUAUAGUGUUAAUAUGUCUGUUCACAAACCAUUUAUUACUGCCUAAAUGUUCAUUAUAUAUAGAAAAAUAUAUACCUGUAUAUUUAUUUAA